CUUCGAGGCCCGGGGCUUGUUUCCCUUCUCCCGCCAUGGCCUUCUCCAGCCCUCUCCCUUUGACUGUCGUUGCCGCCGCCUUGGCCGCCUUGGGCCUGGCUUGGUGGCGCUGGAGGCGAGGCCCACCUAGCCGGCGGCCCACGCUGAGGCCCGUGGGCACCGUCUCAGGCCUCUUCGUGUACCCGAUCAAGUCCUGCCGCGGGGUGGCCGUGGAGCGGGCCCAGGUGACCGAGCUGGGCCUCCGCAGCGGCGACCUGCGCGACAGGUGUUGGCUUGUAAUAAAGGAAGAUGGUCACAUGGUGACAGCUCGGCAGGAGCCUCGGCUGGUUCUGAUUUCGAUCACCAAUGAAAAUGGUUGUUUACAUCUGAGUGCUCCAGAAAUGGAAGAUCUUCAUAUUCCUGCCACUCUGUCAAUCAAAAACUCUGUGCAUAAUUGCAGAAUCUUUGGCACUGAUAUCCAAGGCAGAGAUUGUGGUGAAGAGGCAGCUCAAUGGAUCAACACAUUCCUGAAAUCAGAAUCAUAUCGUUUGGUCCACUUUGAACCAAAUAUGACUCCAAGGAAGUCAAAAGAUUUAGUGGAUCCUUUUCGACCAAGUGAUAAGAUUGCCUAUCCUGACCUUGGCCCAGUUAUGGUCCUCUCUGAAGCUUCUUUAGAAGACCUAAAUUCCCGACUGGAUAAGAAAGUUCAGAUACGUAACUUCAGGCCAAAUAUUUUGGUCACAGGUUGUGGUCCUCAUGAGGAGGAUACUUGGGAUGAGAUUGUAAUUGGAGAUGUAGAAAUGAAAGGGGCAAUGGCCUGCCCCAGGUGUAUUUUUACUACUAUUGAUCCAGAUACAGGAGUUAUGGACAGAAAAGAGCCUCUUGAAACCUUGAAAAGUUACCGCCUAUGUGAUCCUUCUGAGCAGCAUAUAUACAAGUCACAUCCUCUCUUUGGGUGGUACUUUGGAGUUGAUAAAACAGGAACGAUUCAAGUUGGUGACCUCGUGUACAAGAUAAGCUGGUGAUGGAGCUGCCUGCCAAUGGAAAUUGCAUUUUUGUAUAUUCUAAAUGCCUUUUUGUGGCAACUGUGUUGUCUUUCCAAUGGAUAUUUCAUACUUUGCAUUCAACAGUAUUGUACUGAAUAAUGUACAGAAUGAGAUGAUCUUGGGGGCUUGGAGCAUUGUUAUUGUCACAAUACGCACACUUUUUGUACAUAGUAAUCAGAAACUGGAACAUUCCCCUUAUCACAAAUAAUAGAAAGUUACCAGGAAUAGAAAGAAAUUGGGCACAGGAAAUAAGCACGUCAGCGGUCUUUUUGUUAUUGCUGUCUUCUGGGGAACUUUGGUUCCAGCCUUAUUACUCAGGAAUAAAUAGCACUAUGAUUUGAUUGCACAUUAUUACUUCAGGUUUUGAGAGCAAUGUAUAUACCAUAUCCACACAUUGAUUCACUGUAUUUUCUUCUGUUCUGUAUAUUAUCAUAAUGAACAAGUGCACUAUCACACAAAGAUGUUGCUUCAAAAGAUUUCUCAAUUUCAAGACAUAAUUUGUACAUCACUUUAAAAAAUGUAUAUUUUUGCAAUAAAUCUGUCUGUUUAUAAUACCUUUAUAAAGAAUCAAAAUCACUGAUGAAA